GAAUAGCAUUUUCGGCUCAGCCUGACUAGUUGAUGUGUGAUGUUAAGAUUUCGAGUUCCAACUACUGUUUAAGUUAAUUGUAAAUGCCUGAGUGAAAAAAAGUCAACCGUUUAUUGUUGGCAUUUGCCAAUAUUGUUGGAUAUUUUAAAACUGGUGAGAUAUAUAUACAAUUAUUUUAGUUGGACGAGAAAUGAAUAAUUCUCAGUUUGCACAAGAGCGUCCAACACAAAAUUAUGGCGCUCCUCCAACAUCACAACAAAACGGUCAACAUAAUACACCAUCGAGCAAUGUACCAUCUUAUAACCAGACUGAAGGACAGUUGAAUGAUCAAUUUUCACAACUAGGAUUUAAUAAUAGACCUUCACUACCACCUGUUCAAAAUAAUACUUUGCCGAGUAAUAUUAGUAACUUUUCAAAUGGACCACAAGUAAAUACUUCGCAAUCAUAUUCACCUGCUGAUUUUAAUAUUGAAUUGACUGGGCCUCCUAAGCAAUUUUCUUCAUCAGUACCUUUUGGAGGAAGUUCCAAUCAAAAUUCUUCAGAUAAUUUUCAAGACAAAACCAAUAAUUUGAUACCACAAUCUGCUUUUCCCGGAAAUAGUAUUCAAUCAAAUAUUCAUGAUGGAAUUAUUAAUCAAGAGUCAAAAGAUUUUAAUAAUGGCACUCCAAAUAAUUUAAGUGAGGCAAUGUAUGGAGAAUCUAAUGAAUUUAGUACAAAUACCUCAAAUUUGGUUUCAAAUCAAAUUGGUUCUGGAUUAAGUUCAUCUCAACCAAUUCAAUCAGCUUUUUCUGUUGUUUCUCCUCAAUCUCGUUCUCAAAGAUCGUAUCCGAGCAAUGUUCAACAACCUCAAUUGGUUGAAAAUGUUCCAUCCCAAUCAGAUUUAUCUACACAAAAAUUAGAGUAUCAAUCAAAUUAUCCGCCACAACAAUCAAAAGCGUCACUUCAACAGCCAGAUUUUCCGCCACCGUCUAAUUUAAUAUCUCAGUCAGAUUUUACAAGACAACCUAAUUCCUCACCACAGCAGCGAGGUUUUCCACCACAACCUAAUUCAAUAUUGCAACAACCAGGUUUUCCACCUCAACCCAAUUCAACACCGCAGCAGCCAGGUUUUCCGCCACAACCUAAUUCAACAUCGCAACAACCAGGCUUUCCACCUCAACCUAAUUCAACACUGCAGCAGCCAGGUUUUCCACCACAACCUAAUUCAAUAUCGCAACAGUCAAGUUUUCCACCUCAACCCAAUUCAACACAGCAGCGAGGUUUUCCACCACAACCUAAUUCAACAUCGCAACAACCAGGUUUUCCACCUCAACCCAAUUCAACACUGCAGCAGCCAGGCUUUCCACCACAACCUAAUUCAAUAUCGCAGAAACCAGGCUUUCCACCUCAACCCAGUUCAACUUUGCAUCAAUCAGGUUUCCCACCACAGCAACCAGGUUUUCCACCUCAACCCAAUUCAACUUUGAAGCAGCCAGGUUUUCCACCACUACCUAAUUCUAUAUCGCAACAAUCAGGCUUUCCACCUCAACCCAAUUCAACACUGCAGCAGCCAGGUUUUCCGCCACAACCUAAUUCAACACCACAACAACCAGGCUUUCCACCUCAACCCAAUUCAACUUUGCAGCAGCCAGGUUUCCCCCCACAACCUAAUUCAACACCACGGCAACCAGGUUUUCCACCAGAACCUAAUUCAACACCACAGCAACCAGGCUUCCCACCUCAACCCAAUUCAACUUUGCAACAACCAGGCUUUCCACCUCAACCCAAUUCAACUUUGCAGCAGCCAGGUUUCCCCCCACAACCUAGUUCAACACCACGGCAACCAGGCUUUCCACCACAACCUAAUUCUAUAUCGCAACAACCAGGCUUUCCACCUCAACCCAAUUUAACACUGCAGCAGCCAGGUUUUCCGCCACAACCCAAUUCAACUUUGCAGCAGCCAGGCUUUCCACCUCAACCCAAUUCAAUACUGCAGCAGCCAGGUUUUCCGCCACAACCUAAUUCAACACCACAACAACCGGGUUUUCCACCUCAACCCAAUUCAACUUUGCAACAACCAGGCUUUCCACCUCAACCCAAUUCAACUUUGCAGCAGCCAGGUUUUCCACCACCACCUAAUUCAACACUACAGAAGCCAGGAUUUCAACAACAACCCAAUUUAAUACCACAGCAAUCAGGUUUUUCACCUCAACAGCAACAAGGCUUUCCUCUUCAGCCAGGAAGCUUACCAUCUCAACAAAUGGGUUUUCCUUCUCAGACAGGUAAUUUGCCACCACGACAAGCAGGUUACCCACCUCAACAGCCUGGCUUAACAUCUCAAUCAGCUCAACAACCUGGAUAUUCACAGCAACAUAAUGGUUUUCAUCCUCAGCAACCUAAUUAUCCACCUCAACAAUCUGGUUAUCCACCUCAACAACCUGGGUAUCCACCUCAACAACCUGGUUUUAAUCAAGGUACACCAGCUUAUAUGGGUCAGCCAGCUCCAAGUAGGAGAUUAGAUCCAGAUCAAAUGCCAAGUCCAGUACAAGUUAUACAAGAUGACCAACAAAGUAAAAGUGGUUUAUUUUUAACUAAUCAAAGAGGUCUAGUACCCCCUUUAGUUACUACAGAUUUCACUGUGCAAGAUUCUGGUAAUGCAUCACCUAGAUUAAUAAGAUCAACUAUGUAUUGUGUACCUACUACAACAGACAUUAUGAAACAGACUUCUGUACCAUUCGGAUUAGUUAUCAGUCCACUAGCAAAAAUAAAACCCGAUGAGUAUCCUUUGCCUAUUAUAAAUACUGGUGAAAUUGGACCAGUUAGAUGUAAGAGGUGUAAAGCUUAUAUGAGUCCAUUUAUGCAGUUCAUUGAUGGUGGAAAACACUUUACUUGCCUUUUAUGUAAAGCUACAACAGAAGUACCAGUUGAAUAUUUUCAACAUUUGGAUCAUACUGGUCAACGGCUUGACCGUUCUGAAAGGCCUGAAUUAUGUUUUGGCUCAUAUGAAUUUAUUGUUCCAAAAGAAUAUUGUAGGAAAGAAAUUCAACCAAAACCUCCUGCAUAUAUAUUUGUAAUAGAUGUUUCUUAUAAUAAUAUUAAAUCUGGACUUGUUCGGCUCAUAUGUGCUUUCAUGAAAGAGCUAUUAACUCAAUUACCAACUGAGUUGGGAAAUGAAAAAAGUAAAAUACGUGUUGGUUUUAUAACUUAUGAUACAACUGUUCAUUUUUACAAUAUCAAGGAGACAUUAGCUGUUCCUCAAAUGAUGAUUGUUGGUGACACAUCUGAAGUAUUUAUGCCAUUGUUGGAUGGGUUCUUAUGUGAUCCAGAACAAUCAUCUCAAGUUAUUGAUGUACUUAUGGAACAAAUUCCAACUCAGUUUAAUGAAACAAGAACUACUGAAACUAUUCUUUUACCAGCAAUAAAAGCAGGAAUGGAGGCAUUGAAGAAUGCAGAUUGUUGUGGUAAAUUAUUUGUAUUCCAUUCAUCUUUGCCAAUAGCAGAAGCUCCAGGUAAACUUAAGAAUCGCGAAGAUCGAAAACUACUUGCCACCGAUAAAGAAAAAACUAUACUGAAUCCACAAACUAAUGUGUAUAAAGAAUUGGGAGAAGAGUGUGUUCAAGUUGGAUGUAGUGUUGAUUUAUUCAUCACUAAUAACUCUUUUAUUGAUUUACCUACAAUUGGUCAAAUUUCUAAAAUUAGUGGAGGUGAAAUUUUUAAAUACACAUAUUUCCAAGCUGAAGUAGAUGGUCAACGGUUCUUAUCUGAUUUAAAACAUGAUAUUAGCCGACCAACUGUUUUUGAUGCUGUAAUGCGAGUACGAACAUCUACUGGUACUCGUCCUACUGAUUUUUAUGGGCAUUUUUUUAUGUCAAAUUCUACUGAUGUUGAAUUAGCUGCUAUUGAUUGUGAUAAGGCUAUUGCAAUUGAAGUGAAACACGAUGAUAAGCUUGAUGAACAAGAUGGAGUAUUGGUACAAACAGCCAUGUUAUAUACAUCUUGUAGUGGGCAAAGACGUGUGCGUAUAUUAAAUCUAUCAUUACGUUCUAGUGGACAAAUGGGUGAAUUAUAUCGUAGCUGUGACUUAGAUACAAUAAUGAAUUUCUUUGGAAAACAAGUUAUGUACAAAAUAUUGGAAAGUUCUGGACGACAAGUAAAGGACGCAAUUACUAAUAAGACUGCUCAAAUAUUAGCUACUUAUAGAAAGCAUUGUGCAUCACCAUCUUCAGCUGGUCAACUUAUUUUGCCUGAAUGCAUGAAACUUAUGCCUCUAUAUGUUAAUUGUUUGAUUAAAUGUGAUGCAAUGUCUGGUGGUCCUGAUCUGACAGUUGAUGAUCGUUGGUUUAACAUGCACCUUGUUAUCACUGCGGAUAUACCUACAACAUUGGGUUAUUUCUAUCCACGCCUGAUUCCUAUUCAUACACUUGCUGAUGAAAAACUAUUGGAUGAUGUUUCAAUACCAGAUCAAUUGAGGUGCUCUUUUGAGAAGCUUGCAGAAAAUGGAGCUUAUAUUUUGGAAAAUGGAGUUUAUAUGUUUUUGUGGCUUGGUAUGGGUCUAAGUCAAACAUUCUUGUCAGACGUGUUUGGUGUUCAGAACAUAACAUAUGUUGAUACUGAACAUUCUGCUAUUCCCGUGUUGGAUAAUCCACUCAACAAAGCUGUUCGUCAAGUGUUGUCUAAAAUUCAAAAAGAACGAAGUCACACUAUGCGACUUUCAAUUAUACGCCAGAAAGAUAAAAUCGAAACUGUUAUGAGACAUUUCUUAGUUGAAGAUCAUGGCAUUGACAAUAGUUCAUCUUAUGUAGAAUUUCUGUGUCACAUGCAUAAGGAAAUUCGCAAUUUGCUCAGUUAGCACACACAAAAAUGGUAAUUGGUAGGGGUCAAUGUGGGAUUAACACCAAUACAAUUACUUGAAUUACUAUAUGAUUACUUAUUGUUUUGUCUAUACUGCACGAUUGUUAUGUUACAUUUGUAAUUUUUAAUGAUGUAUACACAGUCAUAGAAAUAUCUGUUGUUAUUAUAUUUAUUAUAUUAUUUUUUGAUUUUA